AUGAAAAGAGUAAUACUGGUAAUUGAAGUCAGCUCUUCUGUUGAUAUAAUUAUUUUAAAACCUAAUUUAGGUUUAUUAAGAGAGAUGAGUGAUAAUCUAAAGGAACAGAGGAUUGAUGACGCUUUAACCGAACCUCGGGAACUAUCUCAGCCAAUGGUUAGGGGCGAAGAAUCAUCUCAACCAGUAGAAAGACAAAGGAAGCAUAUUGACAAAAGCGACGAUGAUGAGGAUUUUAAUACACUCACUAGAACAAAUGUUUCAAGUUUACCUGUGACGAAGUAUCCUGAGGGCAGUGGCCCUCUUGGGGAAUUACCCGCAAGAAGACAGGUUUUGGAAGCUAAAAUGGAAAGACUACUAAAAAAGCCUAAGGCAAGACAGAAUCGACAUGAUGAAGAUGAUCUUGAGCAAUAUUUGGACGAAAAGAUUUUGCGCUUGAAAGAUGAGAUGAACAUGGCUGCUAUGAAAGAUAUUGAGACGUUGAAUCGACGGAUCGAAACCGGUGAUAAUAAAUUAGUUGUGAUGGAAAAGGUAGUACUUUUGCCUAAGGUAGUUAGUGUAUUGAACAAAGCGAACCUCGCGGAUACGAUUUUAGAUAAUAAUCUUCUUCAAAGUGUACGUGUUUGGCUGGAACCUCUUCCUGAUGGGUCAUUGCCUUCAUUCGAGAUCCAGAAAUCAUUGCUUACCGCCAUAGAAAAUCUACCUGUUAAAACAGAGCAUUUGAAAGAAAGUGGAUUAGGUAAAGUCAUCAUAUUUUACACGAAGUCGAAGAGAGUCGAACCAAAGCUUGCACGGAUUGCCGAUAGAUUAGUCUCAGAGUGGACCAGACCUAUUAUUGGUGCAUCGGAUAAUUACAGGGACAAACGGGUGUUGAAGCUGGAAUUCGAUGUCGAAAAGCAUAGAAAGAAAUCUGCGCUAGACAAUGCGAAGUCGAAAAAGAGAAAGAAGGCUGCUGUUGAUGAAGAGAAGCACAAAUCACUCUACGAACAGGCCGCUGCAAGGAGAAACAGAGCAGCAGCUCCAGCACAGACGACUACUGAUUAUAAAUACGCUCCAGUUAGCAAUAUAUCCAACUUAAAGACAGGAAUUAGGACCACUGGUGUAGGAUCAACACUAAACAAUAGUGACCUAUACAAGAGAUUAAACUCCAGGAUGGUUAAGUCUAAGAAAUCUAAAUAA